AGGUACGGGUGUUUUGUUUUUGUCUUCUUUGGCGCUCUCUUUCGCUGUCUUUCCUUCCCUUCUUCGUACUCGAUUUGCGCCGGCAAUGGAGAAGGAGAAAAAGAGCAUCUGCUGGCGUCCGAAAAACGCCCUGAUUGAGUGCAUUGUGAUGACCAAGUGCUUCGAGGAAAAGGGCGAAGUGGAGGAGUGCAUCGGCGCCAACGACUGCUUCCUGGAGCGGCGCAACUGGACACUUUGCAAGAUGAACGCCGUCAACCCGCGCUAUCGAUUGCGCGGCAACCCGUACGACGUGGCGACCGAGGAUCAGAAGAAAAUUGAGGCGCGCGACGAGCGGAUUCGCCAGCGGGAGCUAGAAGAGGACGGCUUUGUCACAAAAUAA